GUCGGCAUCAAUCCAUAUCACAGUCGGCACAAGUCGGCAUGGAUGAUGGAAGUCACUCGGCUUGUUUGUAGUUCUUGACUGUAUUGACCUUCAUUUGAAAACAGGCAGCUGUGUAUGACAAUAAAUAAUGGCGUCAGGAUUAGAGAGUUACGUGAAUCAUACAGUUUCCAUUAUCACAUCGGAUGGUAGGAAUUUCAUUGGUACUCUGAAAGGUUUUGAUCAAACUAUCAAUCUAAUUUUGGAUGAAUCACACGAGCGUGUAUACAGUACGACACAGGGAGUGGAGCAGGUUGUCUUGGGUUUGCACAUUAUCAGAGGAGAUAACGUAGCGAUAGUAGGAGAGAUAGACGACGAAAUGGACGCGAGAUUGGAUCUAUCAACAAUACGAGCUGACCCCCUAAGUUCUAUUACCCAUUAAAUGAAUAUAUCUGAAAUUGCAAUUUGGAAUCAUCGUCUAUUCUCAUUUAAAUUUAAAAUAAGAACAAUCGCAAGCAUUAUAAGAAAAAAAAGUAAUACAACUUUUCAAAUAGGUUGUAUAUUGUACAAAAAUCUUCCAUUUGUCAUAUGUAGACACAUGUUUAGCAUAUAAUAACUGUAUUUUAAAAAGUGCACAGAGUUAAUACAGCAGUAUUUACAUCAUUGAAACAAACUUUCGUUUGAAUCAACAAUUCUCGUCUGUACAAAAAUCUUGCUACAUAUAAUGAUAGUAAACUUUACAAAUGUAUUUUCUUUACAAAUGUAAUUUCGCUCUACGUUUAUAUAAUGUAGCAAUAAUAAUAAACAAAAGUGUAUAGAUUAACAUCGA